AGCUCAAGUCCUGCGUGUAACUCUGGAGGUUAUCCUGGUGUGCCUCAUCAAUGCCAAAGCGAAGCAACUAAACUGGAUCCCAGGACAAAUCCAACAGCAACACACACACGGAGGAGAGUGCUCUGCACACUACCACCGUUGGAUCCCGCUGCAGCUGCUGCUACAAGUCAGAAUUGUACGGGGCAUAAGGUAGAUGGAUUGCUUCACAAAACAAAAGAGCAAACCAAGACCAGGAUCGCAAUACCUCCACAACCACCUCAAGCAAAAAGGACACAAACAAGAGAGAGGCCAUCUUCAGCCCUCCUUCCUCCUCGUGGUCCACUACUGCAUCCUGCUAUGAUUACUCCGCCAUGCCCCAUCCCAGAGGGACAGCAGCAGACACCGACGGAGUUGCGAUCAUACACGCACGUAAGUGAAACAAAAAAAUAUUUAUAUACGCAUCUUGUAUUAUCUGCAAAUUUUCUGCUCCCUCUAGGAUAACAAGUUCAUAAACUGCAUUUUAACGUGCUAUUUGGAUUAUUUUUUUCUUUUUCUGCAGACGCCGGAUCUACCGGAUUAUCUAAUACCAAGACUAAAGAUGCGAUUCAAAGAUGUAGAGAAAGCAAGGGAAUUUUAUAACAGAUACGCCAGACAUGCUGGUUUUGGAAUCAGGAAGACGGGGGGAAAUGACAACCACAAGUAUUUUGUUUGCGCCUUCCAAGGGAUACACACAUCUUCUGUUUCAGAGGCCAACAGGAAGCGAAACAAAACAUCGCAGAGGACGGGCUGCAAUGCAAGAAUGAGGGCGAAGGUGCAAGAGGAUGACACGUGCAUGGCAGUGGACAUUGAGUACAAUCAUAAUCACAAACUCAUGCAAACUGAUGACAUGCUGGUAUUUUUGCACUCACACAAGAAUUAUGACCCCACUAUUUUGGAGUACGUAAAGCUCCUGCAGUACCAUGAUGUCAAGCACACAACAAUCAUGUCCAUGCUAUCUGAAAAUGAAGAUGGAAGCUACUUCCUAAGCAUGACCGGACGAGACCUACUAAACCAGAAAGCCAUGAAUGCAAGGAAAGAUGAUUUGGAUGAUGUAUUGAAACUUGUUUCAUCUUCAAAGACAUGA